GAUACCAGAUGUGGCAGCUAGCCCUUUCAAGAAAGAUUUAGUCUUUGGCAAUCUUUAUAUAUAUGUUUUUUUUGCUUUCCCAACUCAGAUCUGGUUGUGACCAAUACUUGCUUCUUUUACCCAAGAAAGAAAACACAUGGUUGACAACAUAGAGAACAAGGUUCUUAUUAGGGAAUUCAAUGAAGACAGAGAUAUUGAAGUGGUGGGGAAGCUAGAGAGGGACUGUGAUAUAGGGUCUAAAAAGGGGAUUUCCAUGUUCAUUAACAUGAUUGGUGACCCUUUUUGUAGGAUUAGAUUCUACCCCCUUCAUGUUAUGCUGGUGGCUGAGUUAAUCGAAAGCAAGGAACUCGUUGGAGUCAUUCGAGGAUGUAUCAAGUGUGUUGGGACUGCUUUUGGGGAAAGAAAUGUGAAGUUAGGUUGGAUAGUAGGCCUUCGAGUGUCUCCUACAUACCGAAGGAUGGGAAUCGGACUGAAACUGGUGAACUCGGUUGAAGAAUGGAUACUGAGAAAUGGAGCACAUUACACAUUCCUAGCCACUGAAAAGAACAACAUUGCCUCUAUAAACCUCUUCACCAUCAGAUGCAAUUAUGUGAACCUCAGCUCACUGGUCAUAUUUGUUCAACCAAUCUGUUCCAGAGAAAAUGAUAUCUCCCAAGAUAUAAAGAUAGAGAAGCUGCAUGUAGACCAAGCAAUUUCCUUGUACAAGGAUAGACUGAGACACAAAGAAGUUUACCCAACAGACAUUGAUGUGAUUUUGAAGGAAAAGCUCAGCCUUGGAACGUGGGUUAGUUAUUUCAGAAAAGAAGGUUGGAUUAACUUAUACAGUGAGGAAAAUGAUCAAAAUGUUAUAAGCAAAUCUCAAAGCUCCUGGGUUGUGUUUAGCAUAUGGAAUACUUGUGAAACAUACAAGCUUCAGAUAAGAAAAUCACAUCCACUUAGAUUCCUUUAUACUACUCUUAGCCACGCAAAAGAGAAAAUUUUCCCUUGUUUGAAAAUGCCAAUGAAUGACCCAGUUCCAAGUUCUUUGGGGUUUCUAUUCCUCUAUGGGCUUCAUGGGGAGGGAGAGAACCUUGGAGAGCUUAUGAAAUCUAUAUGGAGCUUUGCAUCGAGAUUGGGAGCAAAUGUGAAGGAUAGCAAGGUCAUUAUUACUGAGCUUGGGGUCUGUGAUCCUCUCAUAAAGCAUGUCCCAAAUGAUUCAUCCAUGUCAUAUUUUAAUGAUCUCUGGUUUGCUAAAAAGUUGAUCAGCCAUGUUGAUGACAGGGAUGAGCUGUUAGUGAAGGGACAACUAGGGAAUGUGUUUGUCGAUCCAAGAGAAUUUUAGGGUUUUCUUACUUGCGCUAGGAUUUUUUUUUUUUUUUUUUCAAUGAAAAUUUUGUUUUUCAACGUUCUUAGCGGGUUCAAUAUUUGUCUGUGUCAAUGAAAAUUGUGUUCUCAAACUGGGCUAGAUUCAGAGGAGUCAGCAUGAAAUGAAAGAGAGCAAUUUUUUUAUCUUAUGUUUUGUAAUGGCAUGGAUAAGUAUAAAAUUUGAAACUUUUGUUGCUAUGGGCUUUCAAAAAUCUCAGAUGGGCGAGGAAACUCUAAGAAGCAAUGAUAAGAUGUGGGAUGUGGUGGCCUGGUAGGGAAUAUUGAGUGGCUGGGGAAAUAGCACUUGUUGAGUUGGAUAGUGUGGGGAAUACGGAUAUUGAACUCUUUCUCGUGUUCAGUCACAAUCACACAUCAGAAUGUACCUGAAAAAGAGAAUAUGUAAAGACUGGAAGUAGGAUGCAAAAAGUAUUGAAACUUUUUUUUUUUUCUUUUUUUGAAUAAUUACA